ACAAAUCGGAAAUCUGGCUCUUUUGGAGGACACCGCAUUCCGUUCUACAUGUUAACGUGACUGCUGGAGUUGGCACUAAUAACAGAUACCUACGAAAUGGCAUUGACGAAUAGAGCAUUGUACGCUUGCGUGUACCUCCUAGGUCUAAUAUCGUUCUGUAAGGGGAGGACUGCCAAACGUUCGGAUGUAUAUAUUGCUGGCUUCUUUCCUUACGGUGAUGGAGUUGAAAAUUCCGAUACAGGUCGUGGAGUAAUGCCAAGUGUUAAAUUAGCGCUUUCUCAUGUGAAUGAACACCCUACAAUUUUGGUCAAUUAUCGGCUGCACAUGUGGUGGAAUGACACUGAGUGCAAUGCAGCAGUUGGGGUCAAGUCCUUCUUCGAUAUGAUGCACUCUGGCCCCAACAAGCUAAUGCUCUUCGGUGCCGCGUGUACGCAUGUUACCGAUCCCAUAGCUAAAGCUAGCAAGCAUUGGCAUCUCACACAACUGUCAUACGCCGAUACGCAUCCCAUGUUUACGAAAGACGCUUUUCCGAAUUUUUUUCGCGUCGUACCAUCGGAGAAUGCUUUUAAUGCCCCACGUCUGGCUUUGCUAAAGCAGUUUAAUUGGACGCGCGUAGGCACAUUGUACCAGAAUGAACCACGAUACUCAUUGCCACAUAAUCACAUGGUGGCUGAUUUGGAUUCCAUGCAAUUAGAAGUUGUAGAAACUCAAAGCUUCGUCAACGAUGUAAACGAACCUCUGAAGAAGUUGCGGGAAAAGGAUGUUCGGAUUAUCCUGGGCAAUUUUAAUGAACACUAUGCCCGCAAAGUGUUUUGUGAAGCUUAUAGAUUGGAAAUGUAUGGUCGUGCUUAUCAGUGGCUUAUAAUGGCGACUUAUUCAACAGAGUGGUGGAAUGCUACACUUGACACUGAGUGCACUGUAGAAGAGAUUUCAACUGCCCUAGAAGGCACCAUUCUCGUUGACCUGCUCCCUUUGUCUACUAGUGGUGAUAUAACCAUUGCUGGAAUUACUGCAGAUGAGUAUCUUUCGGAAUAUGAUAGCUUGCGGGGCACAGAAUAUUCCCGCUUUCAUGGUUACACCUACGAUGGAAUCUGGGCAGCUGCGCUAGCUAUUCAAUACGUCGCACAGAAGCGCGAAGAUUUCCUAACACACUUCGAUUACCGUGUGAAGGAUUGGGAGCUUGUGUUUUUGGAAGCGCUGAGGAAUACCUCGUUCGAAGGGGUCACGGGUCCUGUGCGAUUUUAUAACAAUGAGCGGAAGGCAAAUAUUCUUAUCACCCAAUUCCAAUUAGGUCAAGCAGAGAAAAUCGGUGAAUAUCAUUCGCAAUUAAGCCAUUUGGAUUUGACUCUUGGAAAACCGGUCAGAUGGGUUGGUAAAACUCCACCCAAGGACCGGACACUAAUCUAUAUUGAGCACAGCCAGGUGAACAUAACAAUUUACAUAGUUUCGGCCAGUGCAUCUGUGAUUGGAAUCAUUGUGGCGUGUGUUUUCUUGGCUUUUAAUAUAAAGUAUCGAAAUCAACGAUACAUAAAAAUGUCAAGUCCACAUCUAAACAAUCUUAUCAUAAUUGGCUGCAUACUUACCUACAUGAGCGUUAUAUUUUUGGGCUUGGACACAACCUUAAGUAGCGUGGCAGCGUUUCCCUAUAUAUGCACAGCUCGAGCGUGGAUACUGAUGGCGGGCUUCAGUCUAGCAUUUGGGGCGAUGUUUUCUAAAACUUGGCGUGUACAUUCUAUUUUCACUGAUCUGAAGCUGAAUAAAAAAGUGAUCAAGGACUAUCAAUUGUUUAUGGUAGUGGGCAUUUUAUUAUUUAUUGAUAUUGCCAUUAUAACGACAUGGCAAGUGGCCGAUCCAUUCUACCGUGACACAAAACAAUUAGAGCCAAGGCAUCACGAGGCAAUGGACGAUGUACUGGUUAUACCCGAAAACGAGUACUGCCAAUCGCAGCAUAUGACAAUAUUUGUUAUCAUAAUAUAUGCCUAUAAGGGUUUGCUAUUGGUAUUUGGCGCUUUUCUAGCUUGGGAGACACGUCACGUAUCAAUUCCAGCUCUGAAUGAUUCGAAACACAUUGGGUUUUCGGUUUAUAACGUCUUCAUCACAUGCAUUGCCGGCGCCGCCAUUUCGUUGGUUCUCUCCGAUCGCAAGGAUUUAGUUUUUGUCUUACUCUCAUUUUUUAUAAUUUUUUGUACGACAGCAACUUUGUGUUUGGUGUUCGUACCGAAAUUGGUCGAACUGAAGCGCAAUCCACAAGGUGUCGUAGAUAAACGCGUACGCGCCACUUUGCGUCCAAUGUCGAAGAAUCGACGAGAUUCUUCCGUUUGUGAAUUGGAACAACGUUUGCGUGACGUGAAAAAUACGAAUUGUCGUUUCCGAAAAAUUCUCAUGGAGAAAGAGAAUGAGCUGCAAGCUCUUAUACGCAAGAUCGGCCCAGAAGCGCGCAAGUGGAUUGAUGGCGUCACAUGUACGGGUAGUAUCGGCGGUGACACUGAACCCAUUCUUAACGAUACAGCUAGAUUGUCGGCACCACCGGUGCGUCGGGAAAUGCCCAGCACAACAGAGUCACAACUCAAAAUAAUACGCUCUUCAGAAAAUGCGAAAAACUAUUUCGUAGCCCAUGCGAAUCAUAAGGGCAAGGACGACUCUACCUUUGGUUUUUCAAGAAGUUAUAACAAAAAUUUGAUCCAGCGUUUGCUGAAAGAAGUAACCGAGCUGACAUCGGUGGACAGCGUAACUUCUACCCACGUAGAGAUGGAUAGUUCAAUGGUAUCCGUACAAUCCACCACAAUUGCACCAUCAUUACCACCCAAAAAGAAAUCUUUAAAACCGCUAACACAAAUCCAAGACGGUGGCAUGCAACCCACCCCCACCGGACUAGUAUCUGGAUCGCUAAAACAUCAGAAGCCGUCGCACAUCCAGUCAAUGCAACCGAUUCAGCAGCAAUUACAGCAACAACUACAACAACAACAGCCACCUUUACAAUCUGUAAAGCACGACGAUUUAUCUUACCGCCGACCAGCUGAGAAACGAAACUCCGUUUCGGCACAGACCGAUCCCAUUCCUGGGAUGAAAAAACAAGAGUGCAAUAAUAUAAAACGAAGUGAAGAGUCACAACUUCGAGAGCGUCGACAAUCAGUGGCAUCUAGGCACUACGACAGCGGAAGUCAGACUCCAACCGCCAAUCCAAAGUAUUCCCACAAUCAUAGGAAUUCAGCAACAAAUAUUUCAAAUUCAAACACAGACUUAAAUGGCACUUGUCCACACGGUCCGCAUUCGAAGAGUAAUAACGUCAUUAAAACACCAACGGCAUUAGAAAACCGUCGCGGUACCAAUGCGCUGAAAUCCAACUUUGUAGUCUCUCAAAGCGACUUAUGGGAUACACAUACGUUAUCGCAUGCCAAGCAGCAUUCCCGCCAGUCACCACGCAACUAUGCCAGUCCACAGCGUUGUUCGGAGCAUAGCCAUAUCAUUCCCUAUGACCAGACCACAUCCCCCAUACAGCGUUCGGUUUCGGAAAAGAAUCGCAAUAAACAUCGUCAUAAGCCACAAAAGGGCACCGUAUGCCAAAGUGAGACAGACAGUGAGCGGGAACGAGAACCAACGCCGCCAACAACGCAGUGCAUCCAACAGCGUAAACUCAACAAGACAAACAUACAGCACGCUGCGCAUCAUCACUCCUCCCCAAAUGUGGCGCCCGAAAAGCAACGCAAGCAUCGAAAUAAGCCCGAGUCGUCAAUUUAUGGUGCCAGUUCCGAAACGGAAUUGUUAGAUGGAGAAACGGCAAUAUUGCCCAUAUUCCGAAAGCUACUCACCGAAAAAAGUCCCAACUAUCGGGGUCGCAGUGUUGUAGGUCAGAGCUGUCCGAACAUUUCCAUUAAAUGCGAUAUUGUAGAAUACCUUUAAAGCAGCAUAGAGAAAUAAUGGCACUGAACUAUCAAUAAAUGUACAUACAGGCAUAUGUAUGAUCUGUUCAAGUUGGCUUAAAUAUAAUUUGACUCGACUUAAACCAGAGCAAAAAAUGCUUGACUAAAAUGCAGCAAAGUAGAAACUUUUGGAAACAACCUACUUAAUUUAACUCACGUAUGCAAUAUUACUAAAUAAUAAAACAGUUCAUUAUUAAAUUCAUUAAAUUAAAUUCAUUAAAUUG